ACCCUGAUAUUUGUGUGCUUAGAAACAUAUUUGUCAUAGGUACGUAAUGCUAUCCCACGCGUCCCGUGCAAGCCAUGCAACGUUCGACCUGUCGCGCCGUGGGAAUGUGGACUUGUGGAGGGGAUAUCACACGCUUUCCCACGCACCCACGCGUACGAUUAGUGUGUUUCUAGAGAUCUUACAUUCUGACGCGUCAUCGCGGUAUGAAUGUAACUCGCGCUGCAAAAUGGCCGACGAACAACUCAUCGAAUUGGUUAGGCGAUAUGAAGCCAUUUAUAAUAUUAGUUGCCACGAAUAUCGCGAUGCUACCUUACGCAAUGCGGCAUGGGAAGAAAUAGCAAAACUACACGGCAAGACUGUUCAGGAGUGCAAAGAAGAUUGGAACAAGUUGCGUAAUUGCUAUAAUAAUGCUAUGAAACGGCGCCAAAAGAAAAGUGGGCAGGCUGGAAAAAAGAUUGCGCCUUGGCGCUUUGAAGAACAAAUGUCAUUUUUAAAGCCAUAUUUGCAGGGCCGCCCUACUACAGGCAAUCUUAAACUCGAGGUUGACCUUGAUAAUAAUACAAUGUCUAGUAACGAUUCUUUUCCAUUUCUUGAAAGUCCGACAUCGCCGGCAUCCCCUGAAAACAUUUUUUCCCGUACCAGUACUCCCGCAUCGAAUGCGUCACGCAAAAGAAAGACUAGUUCUAGUCGCCAUGAUUUAGGUGAUCUGCUAGAAAUGAUGAAAACCUCUCAAGAGAUUAGAAUGAAAGAAAAAGAAAUGGAUGAUUUAGAUACCUUCUUUUUAAGCAUGAGUAAAACUUUGAAGAAACUUCCAAAACUGGAUCAAAUAAGAAUUAAAAUGGAUUUGCUUAAAGCUAUAAGUGAAGCAGAAAUCAAACAACUUGAAGCUCAACAAAAUACAUCGAAGAUACCUAUUAGGAGUCAGAUAAGCAGCCGAAGACUUAUUUAGCUGAACUACCCUAUACAGAAGUUUCAUUUGAAACUGCUAGUCAGAUGAGAGGAGCUCAUUUCUGAAAAUCAGUGCCGUGUCUCUUAGGCACGGUCUACGCUUAGCGGCAUCCUAUUUGGUAUACCGGUUCACUCUAUUUGUAUUGUGUUGUACCGGUACUGUUCUUAUACCAAAUAAAUAUUUUUUCUUUCUUUCUUCUUUCUUUAAAUAUAAUUC